AUGGAGGAAAAGACCCACCUUGACCUGGUGAAGCUCUGUGACAUAUGUGGUAAUGGUGGUUUCGGGGAACUUAUAGCAACCUGCUCUAAAUGUGGAAUAUCUCAAGAACAUCUUUAUUGCACGAGGGUUUUGUUCAAGGAUACCAUAGAAGAUUGGAUAUGUGAAACGUGUACAUCAUGCACAGACAUAGCUUCACCAGUUUCGCUAGGAUGUGGCAGGAAGGAAGACUCGCAAAAUUGCUCUGAUGCUUUGCGACAUGAAUCACAUGAUGCUCUGAUAAUUUCUGAUGAUUUGCGAGGGCCGCAUCAUUCUAAAAGGCAGCAUGCAGUAACAACUGGAAAAGUGAAGUUUCUUACUGCUGAAGAAGUCAUCAGGUUAUCAUCAGGAACCACUAAAAAGGAACCUCCUUCAAGAAGUAACUUCAGAUGCACAACUAGUCAUUCUUCUGUCACUUCAAAAAUCUCUCCUACCAGGGUGCCUCCGAACCCCCCCAGAAUUAUCCCUUCAUGUCCUAUAAAGCCCUAUGGACAUGGCAGAAUGCAAACCAGUUCAACAACUAAUAAUCAACAGUCUCCGAGAACAUCAAAAGGAAAGAACUCUUGCCCCGUUACUGUAGCUAUAAAUUCUGAUGUUGAAGAGAGAGACCUGCCGAAUAUUCUGCCUAAGCUUAGGCUGUAUCAUCCUCAUUUCCCUGCUUUACAUGUGACUUGGAAGGGAGGCUUCAAGUUUGAUGUUGCCACACAACAAAUGUUUUAUGGUGGAUUCCAGGCUCAGCUGCCAUGCAGAGUACAUAGGAAAGCUUACGAGUCUUCACGGAAGAUUCCAUUAAUCCUUCAAGUUAAAUUACUUCCACAAUGUGAUAUUUGGGAAGACCUAUUCCAAGACAGUUGUCCAGAUUUCUGUGAUAUUGCACUUUAUUUUUUCCCUUCUUCUAAGAUUGAGAGAUCAAAAGAGAACCAUGCUAGCCUAUUCCGGCUUAUGGAAACAGAAAAUGCAGUGAUGAGAAGUUACAUUGAUGGUGUAGAGUUGUUGAUAUUCACAUCUAAACAGCUGCAUGUGGAAUCGCAGGAUAUUAUUGCAAGGUCAGGCAUGGGAAACUUCUUAUGGGGAGUUUUCCGGCAUGCAAAACAUGAUAAAAUUAUUUGUAACAAAUUGCCUUCAUUGGCUACUGCUUUGGGAAGUGAACAUGAUGACCAUGCCAACAUGGGUAGAGAUGAGGCUGUUGACAUGGAAAUUGACAUGGUAGGUGGAACUGUUAUGGGUAGGAUUGAUGUGGCUGUUUCAAAAGAAUCAUCCAGUAGGUUCUGUGUGGAGUCUAACAAGGAAACUGUUGAUGAAGAUGCCUUGAAAUCCAAUAUCUUAUAUUCUUUCAAGGAUUUGGAUUCCACUGUCGACCAUGCAAUUUCUAAACCUGAACGAGCUCACCAUUUAGUUGCUAAGAAGAUAAGAGGUGAUAUGGCCUCUCUGGAUCCCUUGCAGAGCUGUCUUGGAAAGUUAUCUGAUGCUAUGGAUGAUGCAGGUGUUCCCCCAGGAUUUGUAGAGUCGUUGAAGCUGAAAUUCAGCAACAUUUUACAGGAGAACGCACUUGAGAGGGUGAAUGGAGAUGGAGAUAGAUAUCUUAAAUCUUACCCUAUGGAGGUCAAAACAAAAUUGCAAAAUUCUGAUAAUCUUGAACAAGAUUUCAGUCCUAAAUUGCAUACCAAAUCACCAAGGCAGGGUGAAUUGGUGCCCUAGCUUCCAUCCGCAGAUGAUGGAGUCAGGCUGAACGUGGCUGGGGUUUUGAAGGGACAUCCAGGUGUUGCUGGUGCUACUGGAAUCAUAAGUGAUGAAUCUGGAAAUUGGAUUCCAGGCUUCACGCUCAAUCUGGGUAAGCGAAGGAGUUUCAUGUCAUCUGAGUUGUGGGGUAUAUUUGAGGGCUUAAUGUUUGCAUGGGAAGAGGGAAUUAGGAAAGUGUUGGUGCAGUCUGAUUCUCGUAUGGCAGUUGAGUCUCUGAAGAGGGCCCCUGAUGCAUUUGAUCCUAAUAGAGAACUCAUUAACUGCUGCAUUAAUCUUAUCAAGCGCAAAUGGGAUUGCAAAGUUGAAUAUAUCGACAGAGAAGCGAACUUGGCCGCCAAGGGCGUAGCAGCUAACUUUGAAAACCUUUCAUUGGAAGUUACCCUCCACAAAUAGCCAGCCUCCCGGUGUAUUUUGGGCACAAAGAUUCUGUGGGGGAAUUGGUUGUCAGUCUUAGUUGUAAAAAGCUCAAGAAAAUAUCCAGCUAUAGGUUGAUUUGAAGGGAUAAAAGUGAGAACUAAUUAACAAAUUUUAGUCUGAACGGAUAGGUUCCAUAGACAUAGCUUUAAAAAAAUACGGGAUAUAUUUAUUUGAAUAUAUCAGCUCCAUCCUAUUUGGAAACCAACUUUUAAAUCCCCUGCGCUGAAAUUGCAUCUGCAAUAUCCUUUUCUUAUCCAAAUUCAGGUGAGGUGAAACAAACACCUUCA